AUGCCCUCGGAGCAAAUGAUGACGCCUGCACAUAUUCCAGGUGAUCAGCCGGACCCAGUUCUGGGGUCGUCGGAUGCUGCCCUCAAUACUCCUGCUCAGGCAGCUAAGGAUGCGAGGUCUGGAAUUGAACUCUUGCGCCGUUUGAGUCUGAGAGAGACACCCAAGGCACUAGAAGCGGAUCUUCGUCAGCAACACCCAGGUCUGUGUCUUUCUGGGAGGAUCAUUAGCGCUGCGUUUUGCAUUCCAUACAAGGUUUAUUAUCGACCGGGCUCUUAUUGGGAGCUCAAACCUCGUCCGGGAACCUCAGCACUUUUUGAUUCUUUGGCAUAUUUAGGUUCCGGUGAGACGAGCUGGUCUCAUACACUCGUUGGCUGGACCGGCGAAGUAGAACCGGUCCCAGAGGACACAGUACCUCUACAGCAAGUUCCCAUAAACACCAGUGCGAAGCUUCCAGCUGCAGUUAAUGGUACCGCAAUACCUCUCAACAAAGCAGCGGCCCCAGUCCCAGUAGAUGCAAAUCAACGACCACCUAGCCAUCCUCUUCUAGACGGUUUCACUGUCGGUCAGGAGGAUCGAAGUCGGCUUGACAAGCAAUUAAGCUCCGGCCGUUAUGGUAAAAUCGCCCCCGUGUGGCUGUCUGCUGAAACAGAAACACCCGAGGAUAUAAUUUCCUUGGAGGAUCAAGGUAGAUGGAGACGUUAUGCAGAAAGGGAGCUGUACCCUCUAUUGCACUACAAGCAACAUGGUCCCACAGACGGCCGGUCGGAACGCAAGUGGUGGGUAGAUUACGUUCGAAUGAAUCGGUUAUUUGCGGAGCGGAUCCUGAAAGAAUACCAGGAAGGUGAUAUUGUUUGGAUCCAUGACUAUCAUCUUUUUCUUCUUCCCAGUAUGUUGCGGCAACGGAUCCCAAACGUAUACAUUGGCUUCUUCCUACAUGCCCCAUUUCCUAGCAGUGAAUUUAUGCGCUGCCUAGCUAAGCGCAAAGAGGUGCUUACCGGAGUGCUGGGUGCGAACAUGAUCGGUUUCCAGACUUUUUCCUACUCUCGCCAUUUUUCAUCCUGCUGCACCCGAGUGCUCGGAUUCGACUCCAAUUCUGCUGGGGUUGAUGCGUAUGGCGCUCACGUGGCUGUGGACGUCUUCCCUAUUGGUAUCGAUGCCAAGGCGAUCCAGAAUAUUGCCUUUGGAUCCGCCGAGAUCGAGAAAGCUGUUGCGGGAAUCCGCAAGCUUUAUGCCGGGAAAAAGAUCAUUGUCGGCCGUGAUCGACUGGACAGUGUCCGUGGUGUGGCACAGAAGUUGCAGUCAUUCGAAGUAUUUUUGGAGCGGUACCCCGAAUGGCGUGACAAGGUGGUGCUUAUCCAAGUGACCAGUCCGACCAGUGUCGAAGAGGAAAAAGAGGAGAACAAAAUCGCAAGUCAGAUAUCCAAUCUUGUUUCUACCAUAAAUGGUCGGUUUGGGUCUUUGAGCUUCUCGCCCGUCAAGUAUUACCCGCAGUAUCUCUCCCAGCAUGAGUAUUUCGCCUUACUGCGCGUAGCCGAUGUUGGUCUGAUCACCACUGUUCGUGAUGGCAUGAACACGACUAGUUUGGAGUAUAUUAUUUGCCAACAGCAGAGCCAUGGUCCUUUGAUCCUCUCCGAAUUUUCGGGGACCGCCGGGACUCUCUCUAGUGCGAUACACAUCAAUCCAUGGGAUACGGCAGGGGUGGCUGGAGCCAUCAAUCAAGCCUUGACGAUGUCCCCCAACGAGAGAGAGGCAAGCCACUUGAAGCUCUAUAAGCAUGUUACAACAAACACAGUCUCGGCUUGGUCCACGCAAUAUCUCUCGCGUCUGCUGACCAAUCUUUCUUCUUUUGACCAGUCUGUGGCUACCCCGGCUCUCGAUCGAGCUAAGCUAUUGAAGCAGUACCGUAAGGCACGAAAAAGGCUUUUCAUGUUUGACUACGAUGGCACACUUACCCCCAUCGUUAAAGAUCCCCAGGCCGCUAUACCAUCAGAUCGCGUCUUGCGAACCAUCAAAACUUUAGCUGCGGACUCCCGGAAUGCAGUUUGGAUCAUCAGUGGGCGUGAUCAGGCUUUUCUCGAUGAGUGGAUGGGCCAUAUACCAGAAUUAGGACUGAGUGCGGAGCAUGGUUGUUUCAUCCGGAAACCUCGCUCGGACGAUUGGGAGAAUCUGGCCGAACGAUCGAACAUGGGAUGGCAGAAGGAAGUCAUGGAGAUAUUUCAGCACUACACUGAGCGAACCCAAGGAUCCUUCAUUGAGAGGAAACGGGUUGCGUUGACGUGGCACUAUCGGCGUGCAGACCCUGAAUAUGGUGCGUUCCAGGCGCGAGAGUGCCGAAGACACCUAGAGGAGACCGUUGGGAAGAGAUGGGACGUGGAAGUCAUGGCAGGAAAGGCCAAUUUGGAGGUUAGGCCGACAUUUGUCAACAAAGGGUUCAUCGCAAGCCGAUUAGUCAAUGAAUAUGGGAUCGGCCCUGGGAAAGUUCCUGAAUUUAUCUUUUGCUCGGGAGACGACUUUACUGAUGAAGACAUGUUCCGGGCCCUUCAAAAUUUUGACCUCCCGCAAGAUCAUGUCUAUUCAGUGACCGUUGGUGCCAGUUCAAAACAGACUUCCGCCAGUUGGCAUCUUCUAGAGCCAGCCGAUGUCAUUGAGACAAUCACAAUGCUAAACAGUAGUUCUGCACAAGAAUAUUGA